AUGACGGGCUGGGGAGCCACUGUGGCAGGAGGGCCGACGGAGACGACUCUGAAGAGCGCCAACGGCAGCUUCGCCGGGGAGUGCGGGGCUGGCUACCACGUGUGCAUCUACACGUACAACCAGGUGGACGUCACCACGGGGGACUACGGUGGCCCUCUGGCGGUGGCGGGCGGUGCAGUGGGCAGCUAUAAGGUGGUGGGCGUCGCCAUCGGCACCGAUCUCUCUGGUAACCGGUCCGUCUUCACCAACGUCUACCAGAACCUCGACUGGAUCGCCUCUGUCACCGAUCUCCCCAUCUACGAUUAG